GCCGCGCGUCAGAUCCAGUUGCCGGUCGGAUUAAGGCGGGCUCCGGCGCCGACGACCCCGCCGGAUCUGCAUUCCGCGGACGACCUCCUCGGCGCGAGCUCUCGCCUCCCAUACCUUGCGUGAAAUGGACCGACGUAGCUGGCCUUGGAAGAAGAAAUCAUCUGACAAAUCCUCAAACGCAGAUGUUUUGCAGAAUCAAGCAGAACAGGAUGAUAAAGUUCCGAAAUUUGUGCAAAUUUCACCUGAAACAUAUGCACAUCUUACUGAAUGUGAACAAGAAGUGAAAGUAUUAGAUGAAAAGGUGAAGAACUUGAAUGAGGAAGUGUCUGCAUUGCAAUCUGAGAUCACUACCAAAGAUGCCCUUGUGAAACAGCAUGCUAAAGUUGCUGAAGAAGCUGUAUCAGGUUGGGAGAAAGCUGAAGCGGAAGCCUCAGCACUGAAAGUUCAGCUUGAAACUGUUACGUUGUCUAAGCUAGCAGCUGAGGAAAGAGGUGCCCAUCUGGAUGGUGCUCUAAAAGAAUGCAUGAAGCAAGUAAGAACUGUGAAGGAAGAAGGCGAGCAGAAGCUACAUGAUGUAGUCUUCGCGAAAACCAAACAGUGGGAGAAGAUAAAGGCCGAGUUGGAAGAAAAGUUGAUUGAAUUUGAUCAUGAGCUCAUCAGGGCUGGUGCCGAGAAUGAUGCACUCUCAAGAUCACUCCAAGAGCGGGCAGAUUUAUUGAUGAAAAUUGAUGAGGAAAAGGCUCAGGCAGAAGCUGAAAUUGAAGUCUUGAAAAGCACGAUUCAGUCAGGUGAAAGGGAAAUAAAUUCGCUGAAGUAUGAAGUGCAUGUUGUCUCCAAAGAGCUUGAAAUCCGCAAUGAAGAAAAGAACAUGAGUGUGCGCUCAGCUGAUGUAGCAACUAAGCAGCACCUGGAGGAUGUUAAGAAAAUAACAAAACUGGAAGCUGAAUGCCAAAGAUUGCGUGGUCUUGUUCGGAAAAAGUUACCAGGCCCCGCUGCAUUAGCUCAGAUGAAAAUGGAAGUGGAGAGCCUGGGAAUGGGCAGAGAUUAUGGAGACAGCAGAUUGCGACGAUCCCCGGCAAAGAAUUCUAAUAGCUUUCAUCGUCCUAUGUCCCCUAUGUCUCCAGUUCCUGAUUAUGGUUUUGAUAACCUACAGCACAUGCAGAAAGAGAAUGAGUUUCUGACUGCACGUUUGUUAACUAUGGAAGAAGAAACUAAGAUGGUCAAAGAGGCAUUGACAAAACGGAACAGUGAGCUACAAACUUCAAGAAGCAUGUACGCUAAGAUAGCAGGCAAGCUACGCAGCUUGGAAGUUCAAAUGGUGAAUGGUAACCAACGUAAGAGUCCAAACAUGGAUAUCCACUUUGAUGGUGUACAUAGCCAAAAUGGAAGUAAUCCACCUAGCAUGACAUCCAUGUCCGAAGAUGGUGUUGAUGAUGAAGGCAGUUGUACUGAGUCUUGGGCCAAUGCUCUGGUAUCUGAGCUCUCCCACAUCAAGAAAGACAAAGUAGCUAAGAGCAGUGUCACUGAAGGUUCCAACCAGUUGGAAAUGAUGGAUGACUUCCUAGAGAUGGAGAGAUUAGCUUGUUUGCCUUCUGAAACUAACUGCCAUGGCAAUACUGUUGACAAAAUGAAAAUAAACAAUGCUGAGGCUGCUAUGUCUGGUCUUACUGAGAGUAAUGGUGUUAAAGAUUUGCAGUCAGCUUUACCAUCACCAGGAACUCCAUCUAGUAAACAGCAGCUGUCUGAGGGUUCUCCACUCUUGAAAUUGCAGUCCAGAAUAUCUUCCUUGCUGGACUCUGAAUCACCUAAGAACAAUGUUGGGAAGGUACUAAGCAGUAUCAGAAAUAUUCUGAAGGAUAUUGAAGAAGAGGCAGAUUCUAUGAAUACAACCAACAUGGUUGAUGUUGCUGACAGUGAAUCAUUAGUGAACCAAGGCAAGAGGUUGAGCAUUGGGAGUAAACAUGCCAUGGAUCAAGAAUUUUUAGAGGCCGUCUUGAAGAUUCAGGACUUUGUGAAGUCACUUGAUCAAGAAAUGUCUAAGAACCAAGGGAUGCCUUCUGAUUAUGAUGGGCUAUGCGAGAAAAUACAGCACUUCUCUGCACUGGUUGAGAAAGUUAUGUCAAACGAAGAUGUCGUAAAUGACAUCAUUAUGGCACUCUCUUGUAUCUUGUCAGAAACUAGUGAGAUCAAGUUCACAAUGUUGAGAGACAGCACCAAGGAAACAGACAGUAACAAUUUGGAUUAUGUUGACAAAGUGGCACUACUUGAAAACAAAGUGCAGCUUGUACCACUGAAAGAUAACAUUUGUGGCCCUUGCCCACUUAUUCCUCACUCAUCUUCUGAUCCUGAGAUGGUGGGUCCUAGUGAUGCCGGAUUCGAUGUGAAGAUGUGUUCCCCGGAUGACUACGAGCAACUUAAAUCCGAGAAGAUGAAUCUGGAGGUAGAAUUAGCGAGGUGCAGCAAAAUGAUAGAAGAUACAAAGUGUAAGUUUAGUGAGAUGGAGAAAAAUCUGGAAGAGCUUACAUCCAAGUUGUCUGCCAGUGAGAAUUCAAACAGCUUGGCUGAGACACAAUUGAAAUGUAUGGUUGAAUCCUACAAGUCGCUUGAAUCAAGGAAAAAUCAGUUAGAAAGCGAAAUAGAAGUGUUGCAGUCCAAAAUAGAGAUUUUAACAGCUGAACUCAGUGAUGAAAGACAGAGUCAUCAGGAUGACUUAGCCAGAUACAAAGAUCUCGAAGAGAAGAUGGAAAGAUAUGAGAAUGAGCAGAGUUCAAUGCAUGUGGACGAGGUUGAAGAUACCAAAACGAGCCAGGAGGUAGAAAUAGCGGCUGCAGCAGAAAAGCUUGCAGAGUGCCAGGAGACCAUGUUGAUUCUUGGUCGCCAACUGCAAGCUAUGCGUCCUCCAGCAGAGUCGAUAGGUUCCUCACCAACCCGGCAACGAAUGGAAGACUUCUUGCAGGACGUUGCAGUAACAACCGAAGGUGAGCAUACCCAGAAACCAUCAGGUCAGCUUGAUGCAUAUCAGGAAAUGCUUGAGUCAGGGAACGUAUCUCCCCUCAACGGAUACAAGACACACAUGACCCCUUCUGAUGUGGAGGGAAGUCCUUUUGUCUCAACGAACAGUUCCAAGCGUCCGAAGCACAGAUCGAGAUCUUCAUCUUCUUCCUCGAUUGCUAACCAGUUGCCUGACAAACAAAACCGGGGCUUCAGCCGGUUCUUCACCAAGGGCAAAGAGUGAACAUUAGGCGGGCUUGCAAGAUUCUGUGUUGGCUUGUUGAUUCUUUGUGGCAAAUGAAUGACGGAUCAAUGCAGGUCACAAGUUUCUAUAGAAGCUGCUCGGCGAACCUGCUUGUGUAUUAUUUGAGGUGGUGCCUUGAGUGGUUCAGUUACUGGAGUAAUACUUAUCUUGCAGUCGAGCGGUUAUGACCAGGUUGUGUGUGAGAGUGUUAGCAGUCAGUGGUAUGUUCCGCUAGAGUUUUUUCUGGGUUGUUGUUUGUCCGAAACCUCACUAAAACCUCACUGUAAAUGUGCUUACUUGCAUGAAGAGCGUUGUUGUUGGUUUGUGUUUCA